AUGGGCUGGCCAUGGACAUCCUCAGAUAAACCCUCCUCACCCUCAUCAUCAUCCUCCUCACCUCCCCAACCGUCCACAAUCGCGCCCUCGACCGAAUCACCACCUCCCUCGACACCCCCCCAAACCACCACCUCCACCUCCACCACCACCCCAUCAUCGUCAACGACCACCCCCCCAUCCCCCCUCCGCACCGCUACCCUCCCCACCACCCUCUCCUGCCGCGCCUCCUUCGACUCCGCCUUCUACUGCCAAUCCCUGGGCGGCAAAUUCAACGACAUCUACCGCCACGGCGCCCUCCGCUCGUGUAGCGACCACUGGGCCGAGUUCUGGUUCUGCAUGCGCAUCAAGAGCAAGGAUGAGAACUAUAAAAAAGAGGCGGUGAGGGAUUACUUUGAGAGCAGGGAGCGGGAGAGGUAUGGGGCGGGAAAGAGGAGUAGUGAGGAGGUGUGGGAGGGGAGGAGGGAGAGAGUGGGGAGGGCGUGGGAUUGGGAUCCGGAGGGGGUGUGA